UCCCCUUACAACACCUCAGUGUAUGGUUGGUAUAAGGGUUUGUAUCAUGGGUAAGAUCACUCAGCACCGCACACCAGCCCAGCUUAGCCAGGCAGCGCAGGAACAGCAAGGCGCCCCUCCCGCCCCUCAGCCCUUGUCCCUGUCUGGUGCCCUUUGUCCCUCCUGUCCUCGCAGUCCACACGUUCUCCGUAAUGGCACCGACCCCAGGCGGGGAAGGAUGCACCCUGAAGGGAAAGGCAGCUGGCCUUUCCAGCCGGGCACCACCUGACUCCCCUGCCACCUGUCCCCCCAAAAGUCUGAUUUCAGUGGCAAGGAGGUGGGGGCAUCGAAGACGGGGCGCACCAGGGCCAGGGCUCUGUGCGGAACCCUUCGGCCCUUCCUCGGGCUGCUGCCGGAGUGCUCUGGAGCCCUCGGCUUGCUAGAUCUGGGCCCCCGCUGCCUGUCAUUCCUCGGGUUCCCCGAGUACACGGUGCCCAGCCGCUCUGCAGUGGGAGCAGGGAUGGGGGUGGGAGGGAGCAGGAGGCAGCCUGCGAACGGCUGGAGGUGCUGUAGGUUUGCAUAAGACCCUUCCGCUGUCAGACACGAGAGAGGGAGAGAGCGAGAGAGCGAAGCCUAGAAGCACACACGCCACACGUUUGCUCUGCUGUUCCUCUGGGUUGGGCGGCCUCUGGGGUUCGGGACACGGAACCAGAGCAGGGUUCCUUUUGCUUGACUGUGUUCCCUGCCAUAACCCCCUCCCCCAGCACCUCCUUUGGCCUCGGGCUCAUACCGCCCCUCUCCUAUGAUCAUGGGCGGCAGCAGCGCUAGAUCUCCCGGACUCCAAAGCUCUCUGGGGUGUGCCAGCCUUGGGGCUGUCGUCAGCGCUGGGGGGGGAGAAGGUGGAGGUGGCAGCUUCUGUCCCUGUGCUCCCUGAGGGGUGUCGCACAGGUGAUGUGGACUUGACUGGGGAGAUGAGAAUGGACAGGCUUCCCGAGACAACCCCCCCACCACCUUUUUUGUAAACUCAGGCAGGAUUGCUCUGGGGCUUUCCUGCUCCCUGCCCUCUCAACCAUGCCCCUCCCCCUGCUCCCCAUUUCAAGGCCUCCUGGAGGUCUCCCCCCACUCCCUCCUCCUGGAGGUCCCCCCACUUGCUCUGCCUGUCUGCAGGUGGUGCGGGAGACGUAGUUCCUUCCCUUUGGGCCUCCUAGACUCCUGCUGCCCUCCCCGUAGCUUUAGCUGACCCCUGGUGGGGGGGGUGGGGUCUGUGCGCGUGCUCAGGUAAGCUUGGGGGCUCCAGGUAAGCGGUCCCGUGUCCCCCACCCCGGGAAGCCCGCCUCCUCGCCAGGCCCCCAGGAGUUGCCGGGCCCCCCCCAUCCCGCUCGGUUUGGACACCCGCAAGGCGGCAUCGGUAAAUGGCACCUUUUCUCUUCCUCUGGUUGUUAUUGGGGGGGGAGCGGGCUGGGGCGGGCCAGGGAAUUGCGUUAGCUGAGGACGGCCCCUCCCUAGACCAGGCUGGGGGUGGAAGUCAGGGGCUUUUUUCAGGCUCACGAGGCAGGUGGGCCUAGGGGCGGAACCGCCUCUCCCGCCGCCUCUCCCCUCUCCUCCCCGUCCCUGCCUCCCUAGGCCCUGGCUGGUCUGGGAUGUUGGUGGGGGGGGGGGGGGCAGGGGAGGUGCGCGGGCCAGCCAGGUCAGGUGGCAGGCAGUCUCUCAGGUAAGGUAGGAGCUGAGGAGUUGCAGUCCACGCACGCCUCCGUGUCCCUCCCUUCCGCCCCGGAGCACAGUAACCCGCCCCCCUGCUCCUUGGCAGCUCCCAGAUUCUCCCGCCCCUUCUGGUUCAGUCUCUGCUCUGAUGUCUGUUCUUCCCACACUCACCUUCCACUCCACAAAGCGAACCAACUUAACAAACGGUCGAGGUGUGAGCUGGGGUGCGGAGCGGCCCGGCCAGGCCUCCUCCCCAGCAUGGUUCAGGGUGCAUGCCGGGUCGUGGCGGGCCUCUCCCCACAGCAGUCCUCAAGUUAACCUCCAGUUUCUUUGCAGCGACUUUGACCGCCUGGGCCUGAGGGGGCUGCUCUGUCCGAUGGGAGCCGCUUACAAGCACGCAGACGGCAAGAAGAUUGAUGGCAGGAGGGUCCUCGUGGAUGUGGAGCGGGGCCGGACCGUGAAGGGCUGGAGGCCCCGGCGGCUAGGAGGUGGCCUCGGUGGCACCAGGAGAGGCGGGGCCGAUGUGAACAUCCGGCACUCAGGCCGGGACGACACCUCCCGUUACGACGAGAGGCCGGGCCCCUCCCCGCUGCCCCACAGGGAUCGGGACCGCGAGCGCGAGCGGGAGCGGCGGGAGAGGAGCCGCGAGCGAGACAAGGAGCGAGAGCGGAGGCGCUCCCGCUCCCGGGACCGGCGGCGGCGCUCGCGGAGUCGGGACAAGGAGGAGCGGCGGCGCUCGCGGGAGCGGAGCAAGGACAAGGACCGCGACCGCAAGCGGCGCAGCAGCCGGAGCCGCGAGCGAGCCAGGCGGGAGCGCGAACGCAAGGAAGAGACGCGGGGCGGCGGCGGCGGCGGCGGCGGCGGCGGCGACAUGGCCGAGCCCUCGGAGGCUGGAGACGCGCCCCCUGACGACGGGCCUUCCGGGGAGCUGGGGCCCGACGGCCCUGACGGCCCCGAGGAGAAGGGCAGGGAUCGAGACCGUGACCGUCGCAGGAGCCACCGCAGCGACCGGGACCGACGCCGGGAUCGGGACCGAGAUCGGGACCGGGAGCACAAGCGUGGGGAGCGAGGUGGGGAGCGGGGCAGGGACGAGGCUCGGGGCGGGGGUGGGGGCGGCAGCCAGGACAACGGGCUGGAGGGCAUGGGCGGCGAUGGCCGAGACGUGUACCUGGAGCCGGAGGGGGGCGACGGCUACCUGGCCCCCGAGAACGGCUACUUGAUGGAGGCUGCGCCCGAGUGAGGAGGACCGGCCGUCGGCUCCCUGUGGACGAGUGCCGCCCACCCCGCUGCCAGCCAGCCUCUCUCCCCGACUUUGUUGGUCACAUAAGUUCGCCAGCCAAGGGUAGGAGUCUCCUUAUUUGUUCUGGCCCCUGGGAUUUAAGAAUAAAAUUAAUUUCCUGUUGAUAA